UUUUACUUUCCACUGAUUUCAGUGCUGAGCCUCUGUAGAAAUUUGUGAUGGCAUCCGCUAUGGUGAAUCGAGGUGGUUCUAGGAUCAUCAAAUCAGUGUCUGCAGCUCUUGGUACGAGGUUUUACGCCAAGGUUGCAACAGGGACUGACAUAGUCUCUGCCGCACCUAAUGUUUCUCUCCAGAAAGCUCGUACCUGGGACGAGGGCCUGGCUUCCAAGUUCUCCACCACUACUCUCAAAGACAUCUUCAAGGACAAGAAAGUUGUCAUCUUUGGGCUCCCGGGUGCAUACACGGGAGUUUGUUCAAACAAACACGUUCCUCCUUACAAGGAGAAUAUUGAUAAGUUUAAGGCUAAGGGGAUAGAUUCUGUUAUUUGUGUGGCUAUUAAUGAUCCGUACACUAUGAAUGCGUGGGCUGAGAAGCUUCAAGCCAAAGAUGCUAUUGAGUUUUAUGGGGACUUUGAUGGGAGCUUUCACAAAAGUUUGGAAUUAGUUACUGAUCUCUCUGGUGCAUUGCUUGGAACUCGAUCUGAAAGAUGGUCAGCAUAUGUGGUAGAUGGAAAGGUUAAGGUUCUUAAUGUUGAAGAAGCUCCAUCUGAUGUUAAAGUUUCUGGUGCAGAUACCAUUUUGGGACAGAUUUGAAGUUUCUGUUGGUUUGCAUGUAGGUAGUAAUAAGUUUUCAAUAAAAUGUACCUGAUACUUCCACCUGAUUCAAUGUUUUGACUCAGAUUUUUUGUUGAGUUUUGGACUUCUUUCUGUUGUAACUGGUAACUACUCCUUUCUUCCCUGGAUGCAUGGUUAUUUGGUUGAACGCAAUCAAGCUGUAAGGAAAAUUUUGGUUCUCUUUAAAUGACUGUACUUAAAUUUUAA